GCAAAGUGACGGCUUGAAUUGUAUUGUUGAGAUUUAAAUUUUUUGGACUGGCGGCAAAAGGACAGGGCUUGAUCCCAAACACUAGUUACCUGCGGAAGCAGAUUUCCGCGAAGACAGCCGCGAAGAACGCAGGCAGGCAGAAAGUGCAGCAUAACCCAGUGAUGUAUAUAAGCAAUAGCUGCCCUGCAGAGACCAGCCAGACCAUGGAAACUUCGGAAGCGGUGAAUACGUGUGCGGAGGGAGACCAGCUGAACAGCUCCUUGCGCCUGCAGUGCUCGGUGUCCUCCAUGGACAUGGAAAGCGAGAGCGACCUUUCGCUGGCCUUCGAGCGCGAGGAGCAGUCCCCGGAUGGCAGCUGCGACGAGCUGCCGGCCUUCGAGAUCCGCGCCUUUUCGCCCCACGGACGCACCCCGUCGCCCAUCGACGACCUCAACCUGUCGGACAUCGAGACGCCCAAGCAGCCGCUGAGGGAACAGCCCCCUGCGGACGAUGAGGAGCCCUCCCGCCAGCACGACCCCCAGUACGUCGCCCUGCACGAAAUCAACGCCCAGAUUAGUCCGCCCAGCGACGGCGACGACUCCAACAGCCUGGAGACGAUCUUCGAGGGCGUCUUUCUCAGCACUCCGCCUCGCGAGAAGGCUGCCAACUCCGGCAGUUCCCGCUUUACACCCAAACGCGGCCGCGCCAAUCUCAUCGAGCUGAUGGCCAUCGGCAACCGGCUGCACGGUGGAAAGGAGAACCAGUCGCCGGGAGCGCGAGUCACCGACCUGCAGUCGCCAUCGCCGCCUAAGGACCCCACCUAGUGAACGCCGCCCACCCCACCCCAACCAAAGCCAUGGAGCCCUCGCUCAGACUGCCAUCGAUGAUUUAGACUAAGUUACGAUUAAACUGACUGUGUGGUACUUUCCCAGCGGCCAACAGGUGUACACCCUGUGUGUAUCCUCGGCUGAUCCUUCACCUUAGCUACUUUCCCUACAUUUUCCGAUGACAGGCCAGAAGUUUUUGUAGUGGUAAUAAAGAUUGUCUUUCCAUGUUUCAAACAUUAA